AUGUCAGAGCUUAUGAAUUCAUAUUUUGCACACCGAGAAGCCUGUUUAAAUGGAGAGUUCGGUAAAACAGUUCAAUUCUAUACAACAUAUAUAAAUUUCAUUAAUUAUUAUUAUUUGUUAAAUCGCAGUAUCAGGACUGGAGAUUUUGAAAUAUUCAAAUAUGUUUUACCUAAAAUAGCAAAUCUAUUUUUUGUACUUAAUCAGCCGAAUUACGCUAGGUGGUUAGUGAAAUAUCAUGACAAUUUAUUGAAAAUCGGCGAGACUCAUCCGGAAAUUAGUGAAGCUAUGAAAAAAGGAUAUUUAGGAAUUCAGAGGACUGACAAAUCUUUCUCAAGACAUCCUAUUGAUUUAACUCUGGAGCAGACUAUUAAUGCUGAAGCUGUUAAAAGAUUAGUUGGCAUUAUAAAUUUUACGAAUUCAAUCUCUGCUCGACAACGUUGGUGUAAAAGCCAUGAAAUUCGAUCUAGUGUUAUAUCACAUACAUAUGAAGUUACAGGCCUUCAAAAACGCCAGGAUGUUACAAAUGAUCUUGAAAAACACAACAUUAAAAGAGAUACAAAAUUGUUAAAAAAUUUUAUCAGCUCAUUUUCAAAAUUUAUGAACCCAUUUGAUUCUAGCCUCGACAAAAAUUUCCUUCACAAUAUUUCAAAUGGAAAAUCAGCUUCGGAAAACGUUCAAAAAUUUUUAUUGGCAUGGAGAGUGCUGGUAACGACCUGCGGGAAAAAUUUAUUUCAGAAUGUUCAGAAUCACCAGACAGAUUUGAAAAACCAAUCCAACGACAGAAACUGCAAAGAAAAAGCAACUAGUGCUCCACGGGUAGAUAUCAUUUUUGAUCAGUACUUUUCGCCAUCUAUUAAAGAUUAUGAACGGACUUUACGUUGUGAAAUGAACGACUUAGAUUUUAAAAUUACCGGACCGAUGCAAGUUCGCCCUGUUGAUUUUAAUAAAGAGUUGAAGAACAUUAAAUUCAAGCAGGCUUUUGUUACUUUUUUAAUUGAUCAUUGGGCUACUCAAGAGAUGGCUCCGCUUAUCGGAGAAACAAUAAUUAACUUAAGUUAUGAUAAAUGUUACACCUACAAAGUGGAAAGCAAUGUUGUAAUUAGGGAAGAGAAUAAUGAUUUAUCAUGCGACGAUCACGAAGAAGCUGACACGAAAAUAGUCCACCAUGUCUGUAAGAUUGAUAAUGACGUUGCAACAAAUAUUUUAAUAAAAUCUUGUGAUACAGAUGUUCUAGUUAUUAUGCUUGGUAAUAUGGAUCAUUUGGAGUGUGAUAGUCUAUCAAUUUAUAUGGAGUAUGGAAACAACAACAAAAAAAGAAUACUCAAUUUAUCGCAGUUGUCUAUUGAAUUAGGACCAAAAGAAAACGAGGAUUAUCAAAAUGCGUUUACAAAUCUCGGAACUGCUCAUAUAACUGGCUGUAGAAAUGAAGAGUUUUUGGUUUCGGAAAAAUUUGUUUGCGAAAUGUAUGGUUUUAAAAAUUUAGCAGAUAUUAAUACUGCUAGAUUUGAAAAAUUUUGUUCAACUUACAAAGCAGAUAAUCCCGAUGAACCAUUUGAAAAACGAUUUAAAAAUUAUGAUGCUUCGAAUUUGCCACCCUGCAAGGCAGAAUUAAAACAACAACUGCUGCGUACUCAAUAUAUUACCAGCAUUUGGCGGAAUGCGCAUUUACGUUUCCCAAGUACUUUGGCACCAACCAGGAAUGGUUGGGACCUUCAAAAUGGGAAAUUAGAAUUUUACUGGUUUGAAGGAGAUUGCAUGCCCCCAUCCGUUAUGGAUGCUUUAAAAGCAAACGAAGCACAAAAUACAACAAUCUCUGAAGAUUUAGAGGAAGUUAUAGCAGAGCCGGAUAUUGGAGAAACCGCGUAA